UUUCGUGUAAAAUGUGUGAUAAUAUUGUUUUAUGAUAUUUGUGUAGUAUGACCUGACCGGAUUCUUUUGUAGGAACAUUUUACUCUAAGAUUAAAUCAUGUCCCUUGCUUUUUAACCUGUUCUAAAAUCAUCGUUCCCCGACGUUAAAUGGCCGUACAACCCCUUUUUUAAUACUUGUCUGUUUUAUCUCUGUCCCUUGUUGCGGAAAACAACAUAAAAGUACGCUUUUUUCCCAGACUUUAUAUACUUUGUUAUAAAACAUAGCCUUAAAUAAUAAUGAGAGUUUAAAAAGAGCCUUUGGAAAAAAUGUUUAGUGCCCCUGUCUUUACUAAAGGACGCGUUCCUGCUUUCAACUUUCAAAGGCUUGGAAAUAAAAAAAAGGCUUUUAUCUUUUUUUAGAAACUUUUAUUAGUGCGUGUGACUUGCUGAUAUGAGUUGGUGGUUAGUAGUAUUGUCGUCCCUCGCAGUGGUAUCAGCAAGGUACCAAUUCCGCCCAACAGUGAUCAACUACCCGAAAAACGCGGCGUUUUGGGCAACGGACUUCUUCGUGCACGGCUGCAAGACUUUCCUUACUAAAUGCGCUCAGUCGUACAAAAUGCAAUCUGUCUGCGCUGUGUCAUACAACAACGAAUACAGAACGUUCCCAAACUACUGUGAAAUGCAAUAUGUGAAUUGCAACACUUGGCGAAAUUGGCGAAUUUUCAAACGAGAGUCUUGCUAACAACGCGUCAAGAUAUUUUAAAAUAUAUUACUGCAAAUAA